GGGGGUGGGGGAAUGGGCGGAGGGGGCAGAGGGCGUCAGCUGCUGCAUAUAAUGGCCGGUCCAUCCCUCUUUUACACACUUCCUCCUUCUCCCUCUAUAUUUUUGCUUCGUUUUUACUAGCUCUCCGUGCGAACCUAAAGUCAUCAUGUCUGGUCUGCAGCAAGGCAUGGCACUGCUUAUCUCUACCUUUCAUAAAUAUUCUGGCAAGGAGGGCGACAAACUUACUCUUUCCAAGGGAGAGCUAAAAGAUCUGCUCACCAACGAGCUGGGAGAAAUUUUGGGGAAGUCCAACGACCAGACCAAAGUGGACAAGAUUUUUAAGGACCUGGACGCUAAUGCUGAUGGUACUGUGGACUUCCAAGAGUAUGUCACCCUGGUGGCCUGCCUUACCAUGCUCUGCAAUGAGUUCUUCACAAAGAAGUAAUAAAUGGGGACUGACCCUUACCAGCCACAAUAGUGCAUAAACACACAUACCAGUUAUCUAUAUAUUUUUUUGUUGUUGUUGUUUGAUACACAGAAAUAAAUGUUUGGCAUCUUAAAAUGAUAAAUGAAUGGGGCAAAUAAAAGACUUAAAUAAACUAUUUUAAUAAGUUUUAAAUAAAAAUCGGCUGUGUUAAUUAAA